UUUGCCUCCCAUUUACAUCGGGUCCAAAAUCCAAAUAAAAAUCGAAUCGAAUUCGAAUGCAGCGGUUGCGAAUGUCGAGUGUGCGCUUUCUAAAUAUCACAUUCACGCGCAUUUGCGGACGUGUCCCCUCUUCUUUUCUGCACUUUCCCACCCCCACUCUCUCUUCACCACCCCCUCCCUCUUUCUCUUUCUACUGAUUCCUUCUCUGAAUUCUCGCUUCCUCUUCUGUCUCUCCUUCGAUCUGCAUCGAUUCCAUCGGAAUCGGGGGCCCUCGUAAUGGCCGACUUGCAGGAAAAACGCCGGAGCUCUUCUUCCAGUUCCAGCGAUCUCUCGGUCAGAGUUCAGCAUGAAGUGCCUGAUGGUGUUGGGAGUGGAAGUAGCAAAGGAAUUGGAAUGGAUGGUAGUAGAGAUGCCGCUAAUGGUGCCUCACUUGAUAAUGGUGGCAGUAGCUCUUCUGGGAUUUCUGGGAGAGGGUUGUGUAAAGUGAGCACAUUACCUAUAGGAAUAUCACAUACUGAUAAGUUGGAGUCAAAUUCAAGCCAGUCUAAGUUGGAAAGAUCCAAAACAGAGAGACAGAGACAUCUACGGCCCGAGGAUGCGGCACAAAUUUUUGAUGACAAAAUUCCUGUCCAAGAGAAGCUUAAAUUGUUAAACAGAAUAGCUACUGUAAAGGGUGAUGGAACUGUAGAAUUUGAAGUUCCAGGAGAUGUAGAACCUGAAGCCCUCAGGGCUCAAUCCAAACAUGCAGAUAAUGUAGUUGAUGAUGAUUCGCUUGAUGCAACAGACCUUCAAUACAUACCGCCAUUACAGAUAGUAAUGCUUAUUGUUGGUACACGUGGUGAUGUGCAACCAUUUAUUGCAAUAGGCAAACGAUUGCAGGACUAUGGUCAUCGUGUUAGGUUAGCUACACAUUCAAAUUUUAAGGAGUUUGUCCUGACAGCUGGCUUGGAGUUUUAUCCGUUAGGCGGUGAUCCAAAAGUCCUUGCUGGUUAUAUGGUUAAAAAUAAGGGCUUCCUUCCAUCAGGACCUUCUGACAUACCUAUUCAGCGAAAUCAAAUCAAGGAGAUCGUUAACUCCUUGCUUCCAGCCUGUAAGGAACCUGAUAUUGAUUCUGGUGUCUCCUUCAAAGCGGAUGCAAUUAUUGCCAAUCCACCAGCAUAUGGGCAUACCCACGUGGCAGAAGCACUGAAAAUACCAAUACAUAUAUUUUUCACUAUGCCAUGGACACCAACCAGUGAAUUUCCACAUCCUUUGUCCCGUGUUAAGCAACAAGCUGGUUAUAGGCUUUCAUAUCAAAUUGUCGACUCAUUGAUUUGGCUGGGAAUUCGCGACAUGAUUAAUGAUCUUAGGAAGAAAAAGCUGAAGUUGCGACCAGUCACGUAUUUGAGUGGUUCACAAGGCUCUGACACUGAUGUUCCACAUGCAUAUAUAUGGAGCCCUCACCUUGUUCCUAAACCAAAAGAUUGGGGACCAAAAAUUGAUGUGGUUGGGUUUUGCUUCCUCGAUCUUGCAUCAAACUAUGAACCUCCUGAAUCCCUCGUAAAAUGGCUUGAAGCUGGUGACAAGCCCAUUUAUAUUGGAUUUGGUAGCCUGCCUGUUGAAGGGCCAGAAAAAAUGACUCAAUAAAUAAUUGUGCAAGCACUGGAGAAAACUGGACAGAGAGGCAUCAUCAAUAAAGGAUGGGGGGGUCUUGGAAUUGCUUCAGGAUAUCGCUUAUUUCGUUCUUCUUCCAGAUGA